AUGGUGCUGGAUGGCAUGGAACUGAUUGCAAUUACUGUAGUCAUUGGCCUUUUUUUUGUAAUGUUCAAGCAGUUUGGUGUCUGGGAGCCCUUGUCAUUAGAUGAGAGUAGUGACUGUGAAUUGGAGCUUUCUACUGUUCGUCACCAGCCCGAAGGCUUAGAACAGCUCCAGGCCCAGACCCAGUUUACCAGGAAAGAGCUGCAGUCACUCUACAGAGGCUUCAAAAAUGAAUGUCCUAGCGGGCUGGUGGAUGAGGAGACGUUCAAGACCAUCUAUUCACAGUUCUUCCCCCAGGGAGAUGCCACCACAUAUGCACAUUUCCUGUUCAACGCUUUUGACAUGGACAGAAAUGGCUCUAUCCGUUUUGAGGACUUUGUGAUUGGACUAUCUGUACUGCUCAGAGGUUCAGAAACAGAGAAACUCCUGUGGGCCUUCAAUCUGUAUGAUAUCAACAAGGAUGGCUGCAUCACCAAGGAGGAGAUGUUGGCCAUAAUGACGUCCAUCUAUGACAUGAUGGGCAGGUAUACCUCUCCCAGUGUACGAGAUGAUGACCCAUCUGAGCAUGUGGACAAGUUCUUUCAGAAAAUGGAUCGGAACAGAGACGGGGUGGUGACCAUUGAUGAGUUCAUAGAGACCUGUCAGAAGGAUGAAGAUAUCAUGGCCUCCAUAAAGCUCUUUGAGAAUGUCAUCUAG